AUGCCUUUGGAUGUUGGUGCCCUAGAUGUGGUGAAGCGGCAAUUUGAGGAAGGUGGUAGUCGCUUCCCACAUGUUAUUGGGGUUGUGGAUGGCACACAUGUAGCUAUUCAGCCACCAAAACAUAAUGAAGAAAUUUAUAGAAACAGGAAACUGUUUCAUUCUCUGAAUGUAAUGGUUGUUUGUGGGCCAUCCCUCCAGAUCCUUUCCCUGAAUGCAAAGUUUACUGGAAGUUCCCAUGAUGCGUAUGUCAUUAGACAAUCAGGGAUAUGGCACAGAUUAAGAUCAAGUCAACGAGCAGACAUGUGGUUAUUGGGAGACCGUGGAUAUCCUUGCACCCCCUGGCUCAUGACUCCUUACCGUAAUCCCAGGCCAGGACCACAGACGGCAUUUAACUCCGCGCUUACUGCCACUAGGCAGCUGGUGGAGCGCACAAUUGGGGUCCUUAAAGGGCGGUUUCGUGUGCUCCACCGCACUGGUGGCGACAUCAUGUAUUCGCCGGAGAUGGCAAGUAAACUAGUGGUCCUGUGCGCUAUACUACACAACAUCGCGGUAAGGAGUAGCGUAGAGCUUCCUCAGACAGAGGAAUUGCCUGAUGAGGAGCCAGGGGUUGUCCGACACUUCGGUGGGGGGAGUGUUACACGGAGGGGGAGCCAAGUCAGGGCAAGCAUUGUUGCGGAAUAUUUCAGCUGAAUGAUCACACAAACUGUGGACGACCACAACGGCAAGCAACACAUGAGGCACCAUCUCAGCCCCCUUCCCCUUCUCACUCCCCCU